GGUCAGCUAGUCCUGCUCAAGCACACGAUUCAAAGGACGAUGGCCAUGACCCGUCUGCUGCUUUUGGGCGCUGGCGCCGCCCUGGGGCUGGAGGUGCCGCUUGCCACCUUUGGUAAGGACCCGAAGACCAGCUUCGAGUUCAAGGAGCUCAAUGACCCAGUGAUGGGCGGCCAAUCGCAUGGCACCUGGCACGUGGACGCCACAAGCUCCGCGGGCGUCAUGGACGGAGAGGUGCUGGAUGUGCCGAGCCUGAAGGCACCCGGCUUCAUCAAGGCAAUGGAGGCCUUCGGCGAAGUGACCGCCCCAGUGAGCGCAGUGAGCGAGGAGAUGAAGCGCUUGGAGCAGAGCGACCCGCUGCUGAAGAGCAACCCCAGGCGCUGGGUGCUGCUGCCGAUCCAGUACUCCGCGGUCUUCGAGAUGUAUAAGAAGCACGAGGCAUCCUUCUGGACUGCGGAGGAGAUCGACUUGGCCAGUGACACCAAGGACUGGGAGAACCUGACGGACAAGGAGCAACACUUUGUGAAGCACGUCUUGGCGUUUUUUGCCGCGUCUGACGGGAUAGUCCUGGAGAAUCUGGCCACAAACUUUGCUUCAGAGGUGCAGAUACCGGAGGCGCGGGCCUUCUACGGGUUCCAGAUGGCCAUGGAGAACAUCCACUCCGAGACUUACUCGCUGCUCAUUGAGCAGUACAUCAAGGAUCCGGCUGAGAAGGAUAAGGUCUUCAAUGCCAUUGCAACUAUGCCCGCGGUGCAGGAGAAGGCCAGGUGGGCUGUGCAGUGGAUGAACACCGCCUGCAGCUUCGCCGAGCGCAUCGUAGCCUUCGCCGCUGUGGAGGGCGUGCUCUUCAGUGGCUCCUUUUGCGCCAUCUACUGGCUGAAGAAACGGGGCCUCAUGCCGGGCCUGUGCUUCUCCAACGAGCUCAUCUCCCGGGACGAGGGCCUGCACGCGGACUUCGCCUGCCUCUUGUACAACAUGCUCCAGAACAAACUUCCGGAGGACGUUGUCCAUGGCAUCAUCCGUGGUGCGGUGGACAGCGAGCGGAAGUUCAUUUGUGAGGCGUUGCCAUGCGAUCUGAUCGGCAUGAACGCAGAGCUGAUGGCCACGUACAUCGAGUUCGUGGCGGAUCGGCUGCUCUGCGCGCUGGGCCACUCGAAGCUCUUCGAAGCCUCCAAUCCCUUCGACUGGAUGGAGCUGAUUUCUUUGCAGGGCAAGACCAACUUCUUCGAGAAGAGGGUGGGGGAGUAUCAGAAGGCAGGUGUGAUGGGCGGUGCCGAGGAGGCGCGCUUCUCCUUGGAUGCCGACUUCUGA